GUCGGUGCAAAUGGUGCAGAAGCAAUACUGUUAAUCGUAACUAUGUUCGCGUUGUCUCGCAACGGUAUACGUAUGUGCAUACAUACAUAUUAUGUACGCAUAUUUCGUGCAUCGAUAUUUACUUUUCGAUUUAAAGUUCAAGUCUACAGCCAUUUAUCGAAGAAAAUUCUAACCUAAAACAGAAAAUGAUCGUGCGUCGGUGGGAGUGUUGUUUCGAAAUAAAAGGGGCAACAAUGAGGAACCGUGAUUCUAUGAGAGACCUUUAACCAAGAAUCAUUGAAAUACGUUCGUCUGGUGUAAGAAAUACUGCUAUAUUCUGAAAAAAACAGAGAGUUUUGAUAGAAUCUGUUCUACGUAAUUUGACUCUUGUACUUCGUGACGUUCAACCUAUUCCGUUUGAAGGUAUGCUAAGUAAUGUCGUCUGCAAACAGUAUAGAAUCUUUGGGAACGUUACAGUGGGACAUGAUCGAAUUAGCGAGUCAUCUGCGUCAAGAACGGUUGUUUGUCAGUUCGGAACAACAGAAUUUACAAAUACUCAAUGAAAAGGUGUUAUACGCUUCGUCGAACUUGGCUCAGCAAGCAUGGAUCACGGCGCAACAGAGAGUGAAUCUGAAUCGAUUGAUAAUGUCCAGACCAGAUUGUACACCCGCGUCUUGCUGUCAGAAAGCGAAUACAUUGGAGAAUUCACAUUUUGUGGAUGCAUAUAAAUAUCUACGUUAUCAGGCUUGCUUAUCGUACGGAGAAUUCUUAGGAGCUCUUAGAAAGUCUCCGAAACUUCUUGCUUUAUGUUUAGUGGAAGGAGAAAAAUUAUCACCGGAUUCGGUGCAAAAUAUUGUUCAGUCGUUAGCAGCAGGAUUAUACGGUAGCUGCUUACUUCCAGAGGAUAAAAUUUUAGUAUUAAAACUGUUGCGACAUCUGAUGUUGCUUCAAAUUGUACCAUCGGAUAAUCCUCGCAGAUUACUCAGACACGGCACCUGUGCAUUUUCCAGGUUCUACUCGGUCUUUCACGAGAGCGUUUUUUCAGCAAAAUUUUUCUUAACCGCUGCAUUACACAAUCCUAUCGUACAGUUACUAAUGGAGGAUGAAAUGUUUCUUGACAUCGAUCCGGACAAAGCGCCUAUAAGAUUUCCUCCAUCCGAAAGAUUGAAAAAGUUUGGUAAAGAUGGUACUCCCGAAUACGAAGCAAAGUUGCAGCGUCACAGAUUGUGGACAAUUAAUUCUUUGUUUCGAAUAACACAAAGAUUCAUAGUCAGCAUAAGAGAGAAUAUGCACUGUUUUCCGAGUAGCGUGUGCUGGUUGGUCAGACAGAUGGCAGGUCUUUUGGGGAAAAAUGGGAGUAUCGAUGCAAAAGAGGUGCACGCAAUGUGUACAGAUUUGGUUUUCACUUAUUUCAUAUGCCCAGCGAUAGUGAAUCCAGAACCGUACGGUAUUACAGACGCCCCCAUCAGUUACGUUGCAAGAUUCAAUCUUAUGCAAGUUGGACAAAUUCUGCAAAUGCUCUCCCUAAUGAAGUAUCAAAUCGUGGAUAGCAAAACGUUUGAUCUUUACCGAAAAUUUGACAAGGAUUCUGUGUCUUCGAUAAUAGAUGCAAUGGUAGAUAGCGCGACAGAAGAACUCGAGGAUGAACCCAAUAUCAUCGAUAGUAACAAGUUGAGGGGACUUUCCCGUUCCGCGGCUUUAUUCACAGAAGCAGAGUUGAAUGCGCUGGUUACAUUUCUACAAACCGUAGCUGCAUACACCGGAGCGGAGACCGAUGUACAGUCUAGCAUGUUCGAUGCAAAACAGUUGAUCGAUAUGCUCUCUCAGUUACCACCCGGUUCAUUAACUAAUAAUAAACUGAAUAACAAUAAUGCAUGCGUCGAAAAUAGCAAUAGACGCGGAGGUUUUCUAGGAAAAGGGAAAGGCUCUGGAGCAAGAGUAUCGUCGUCGUCAUCGUAUUCGUCUAAUGCGACCAACGAUGGUGGAGACGAGAUGAACGGUGUUACGACCCCCGAAGAGGAAUCGAUCGACAAAAGUUCUCAGGACGUUCUUGUGAUUCCGUUUGGACCGAACGUGGGAGAAUUUGUAGGACUUCUCAGUGAACAAAAAGUACUGUGCACGGAACUUGAAAGUAACUUGGAAAAUGGAUCGGUCACUUUGAAUCUUUCGGAUGCUAUAAGGAACGUGCACGACACUCGGGAAAGUUGCAGCGGCGAACGUAUCGAAACACAAGAGAAAAAGACACGGUUUUCGUUGUCCCACGACGAAGUUUUAUUCGAAGGUUUCAUUGGGAAUACUUCGGAUAAUUUGGAAGCUGUGUCGGAAGCUGCCUCGAAUCACAGUGUUGCUUCUUCCCUUGAAUUAGAAACGGAGGAUCAAAACGAUAAUUUGUCGGAUAUGGUGUCGGCUAGUGUUUCAGGCCGUGGGACACCGAACAUAUCAGGUCGCGAUACACCGUCGUCGCAGAUCACCGAGGGAGACGAUGGUCGAGCAACCGGUGAAGCACGACAGCUGGAUUUACCUCCACCGAAUAUACCAACGAAACAAAGCCGGUCCGAAAUAGACGACAAGUUUUGUAAAUUUGAAAUAAAGAAGUUGAUCGAAGGAGACGAGACUGUCUCGAUGGUGUCUGACACGUGGUCGACGGAUGUUUUGGCUUCGGACAGCGAGAUGGUCGAACAGCAAGAAAAGAUAACGUAUCCUCCGUCGAGUGAACAAAAUGUUCCCAUUUUAUCGGCAACGUCAGAAUCAAUUCCGCAGGCUGUGUUAGACGUCAGCGAAACAGCAUCCGAAGCAUGGAGUACCGAUGUAUUGGCCAGCGAUUCAGAGAGACUGACGGAAGUUGAUACCGAUGAUACCGCUAGCGUCGCUAGGUCCGACGAUACCGCGAGAUCCGAAAUUGAAGUUGAGGCACGCAGCGAAGCAGAAGCUACCGAGGAGACCCUGUCCCAGACAAUUCCUCAACAUGGUACGAUAUCGAGCGAGUGUGUGUCAACGAUCACCUGUUUCGAAACGAUAUCGAUCAACAGAGAGGGAGCGCAAUUUUCAGCAACCGUUUCUUCGUCACCGGUAAUGUCACCCUCGGUGCCCUCGACGAAUGUGGCCGGUCGAAACGAAAACGGAAGGGAAUAUCGAACAAGCACGGUAGAAUAUGUCGAUAAAAACGCCAACAACAUCGGUAACGUUACUUCGGAUUACAUCGAUAAAUCAUUGCGGGAAGAUCGAUUGGUCCAUCUGAUAGACAAACUUCACAUCGACAAUGGAAAAUGUCAGAUGGAACGGCAAACAAGCUCGUCCGGCAAUCAUAUAGGAAUUGCAGCUGUUGCGCCGGCUUUACUACUAGCUAAUCAUAUCUCGCCUCCAAUUUUGUCGAGUAUGGAAAAGACGUGCAACAACAAUGCGAAAUCAGUGGUCUGUUUAUUCUUUGUUGCAAUCGGCAUUACCGUUAACGAAAGAUCCGGCUCGGAAAAUAUAGUUGGCCUAAGCACGGGCAGCUUGACGUCCAACAGUAGCAGUUCUAGCUCCGAACCCCGUGCGAAAACUACAAAUUCGGUGUUGCCGUUGUCGACGGGAGGAUCGUUGGUUAACGGGAACUGCGAACUGAUCGAUGCCACUAGUACCGGUGACUCCCCGAAACCCAUUAUGUCCAGCGGCGCGAUUCCAAAAAGUAUCAGUUUCGACAUGACAGCGGAACGUGGGGACAAAGAACUCUUGGACGACGAUCAAAAGAACAAAAGAAGCUUUUUCGGUAAAUUGAAAAUGUCUCUGAGGAAUCGGCGAGGUAAAGCGAUUCGUGGGACCGACGACGCUAUUAGCAGAUGUUACGACCGAGAAGCUGGCGGAGAUGGUGUCGACGUAGGCCGACACAGAUUGCGAAGAAUAAUGUCGGAGGACGUGACAUCGUCGUGUAAUGUGACCAUCGAUAGCACGGAUGAUAUUUUGGCGAAAUACAGGAGAAAGCCGAGCGUGGCGAGCGACACAGCAUCGAUCGAAAGUAAUCAAUCGCGUACGAAGGAAACGACCGAGGACGAAAGGUUGCUCAUAGACCCAAAUAACGUAGAACUCUCGUACGCGUUUGCCGAUGCAAAGAGAAAGUUACGCAUGGUACUUAGUACAGCCGACUUACAGCAUAUUCCCUGGACUGCUACGUCCGAGCGAAAUGCCUGGUCGCGGAAAGAAAACGAGUUGGUUGCUUUCUUGCAGUUACAGCUAGCAGAGGCUAUUAAUUUACAAGAUAGAGCGUUGAUUGCUCAUUUACAUGAAACGCUGCGCUGCGUACGUUUGUUCAACGACGACGGAUGUAGAAAACUAUUUAAAUCUUUACGGGAAGAGUAUCAAAAACGAUCACCUUACAUCGCAUACUUGAUCAGAUGUCGACAAGGUUUACUCUCUACCGUGGCCCAUCUGGACAGAUUGUGCGUUAGGGUAAAGUGUGAUCGCGAUGCUGUUAACAAUCAUCUCGUAUCCGUUUGUGUACGGGUCUUCUUGGAAAAACGAGAGUCGCUCCUCUCACGGUUUUGCGAUGAAUUCAAAAAGCUUACACUGGCCGAUGAAAAACAAGAUUUGGUAGAUAAUUUUCUGGGAGACGUUCACGCAAAGAUGGACAACGAUCCGAUAUGGCAAUGCGCGAGUGAAAAUCAAUUGGUAUUGGCUAGAGUUGUUGUGGAAAGAACCGUGAUGGCGCGCGUCUAUCAUAACGCUCUUUAUCCCAACGGAGACGGGGACGUUUACAGAGAUCAAUUGCUUCACGAUCACAUCAAAAAAUUGUCCAAGCUUGUCACUCCCAAUCAUAAAGAUUUACGUAUUCCAAAAAUAUAUCAUUACGAAUGUCCCUGGCCGUGGGCUCAAGCGGAACUAGCCGUGAUAUCGGCCUACAAAACUCCUAGAGACAAACUGCAGUGUGUCUUUCGGUGUGCCACCACUAUUAUGAACUUACUUUCAAUGGCAACCGAAAGAGGAGUACCCGCAGCCGACGAUCUUAUUCCAGUUCUGGUGUACGUUAUCAUAAAGACUAAUCCGCCCUCGUUGCUUUCAACCAUACAGUACGUGGACAGCUUCUACGGAAACCGACUAGAAGGAGAAGAACAGUAUUGGUGGACGCAAUUUUGUUCUGCGAUCGAAUUUAUAAAAACGAUGGAUUAACAUGUGUUUCGAAAGUAACACGAUAACGUUGGAAUUGUAGAAAUAGUGUAUCAUAUUUUCUUGUCGUCUUUGUUGUCGUUGUCAUCAUCGUAAUCCAUAGCUCUUAUAGUCGUCAUAAUUAUCAUCUUCCUCUUCUCUUCCCCUAUUUGUUAUCGCAGCUGCCGUUAACGACGUUAACACGUGUAGCAACGAUAGCGUUAUUCGCUACUGUUUCUACUCUUGCUAGCUGUGUGCUACUCUUUAUCUUCUAAUUAUCUUCCUUGAUUUGCUGUUGCUUUCGCCGCUGUAUAGCUAUAUAACAUCGCUAAUUUUCUUCCUUUCGCUUCUCUAAUUCAUUAUUAUCUUUCUGUUUUUUCCAUUGUUCUUAUUCUCAUCGCCGAUAAACCUACUAUCGAUAUCCUGUUGUUGUUGUUGUUAUUACCGCUAUACCAGCACCAUAACUGUUGCUAUUGCUAAGAUUACAAGUACACAAACUUAUUUUUCUUGUUACUAUUCUUACUGUUUGUACGGUAAUGAAUAAUUCUUCGAACAUCGCCAACGAUGCAUCGUAUUACAAAGAUGUUGUUCAAAAGUCUCUUAUAUAUCUUAAAUGCAAUACCCCAUGGUACAGAAUGAAAAGCAACUUUUUUGUAUAAAGCUUUUAUUUUAUUAAGAAAUAUCCAUACGAUACAAACGCAUGUUUUUUUUUAUAUCCAAUUUCUAAUAACUAGCAUUCGUGUUAUUUUAUUAAAUUUAGAAAAGUUGCAUGCGAUUAGUCUCUGUAUAUGUACAUUGUAUAAUAGAAACUAGCAACAGGCUAAAAUUUCAGAGCAACUUAUAUACAUAUGUAUCGUUUCGAACCAUUUUAUGUAAUUUCUCACUGUAUUAUCAAAUUUUCAUUACAGGUUUAUGAAUUAAGUAUACUUCGUAUAAUUUCCUAUAUUCGAAUAAUGUGAUUAAACACAUUUAUACAUGUAAUUUUAUCUAAAUAUUCUUUCCGAAGUAGCAUAAGUACAGUGUAAUUUAAGGAACUUACUUUAGUACUAUUAAACAAAUGAAUGAUAAAUCUUACAAAUUUCUGGGAAAAUUUUCGAAUAAAUCAGAAAUGUGCGUAUAGAAGGUACAAACAUCUGACUGAUAUCAUUUUAUAAUAAUUAUCAUUUGUAGCGCAGGUAUCACACAUUAAAUUCUUCUUUUUUUUUUUGUAAAUAAUGUAAUGUAGGAUUUGUUUUGAAUAUGGUGAAACGAGGUUGUCCAUGCAUCAGGAGACAAACUGAUAAGAACGAAAAGUCAAUGAUCGGAUUUUGGAAAUAUACUAUUUACUCACGAG